UGUACCACUGAGGACUCGGAACGGUAGCAUGCGCAUUAUUUUCCUCUCUUUGCUGGGACAUGCGCAGUAGCCUCCACCCCGUCGCCUUUAUACACUUAGCCGAGCUCCAGCUCCAUGGUAACCGGGAAGCCAAGACACACGUCAGGCGGACAGAGGACGGCGGGCUACAUGUCCCGGUACCCGUCACCGAUCUGCCUCUGGUUCCCCCUCAAUGGGUGUCAGUGACCCAGGAGACCCUCUCCGCCCCCGACCGGUCUCCGGAGAAGUCUCCAUUGUGGUGAAUAUGUAAUAAAAGGAACCGGGAGUCCUGACACCAUGCUGAGCCAGCGGAGCAGAGCCUACUCAAAUCAUAAAUCGCAGCCAGAGAUCGAUCUGGAAGAAGAGCGCCAAGUGUUAUUGGAGGAUCAGAAGAUCAUCAGACAGCGGGCUCAUAAAUUGUCAGUGGAGACAAAUAGACGCAGAAAAGCCCUUGAGGAAAGGCAAAGAGAAGAAGAGCAAAAGGAGCAGAAAUUCCGGGAAGAUGUUCUCCAGCAGAGAAAGCUAAAACUUCAGGAAGCGACAGAAAAGUUCCAGCGGGCUCACCUCCCCCCAUCGCAGCGCCAGAGACCUGCGUAUACUGUUCAUAAAAGGCCAACUCCAAAACUUGAAGAUGCCCUGGAGCAAAUCCAGGGAUCCAGCCCCUCCAAGUAUUACUACUUGUCCAGUCACAGGAGCCCCAAUGGCACAAGAAAAACAGACACACCUUCCGGAUUGUCAUCCAUAGGACACUCCACGUGGCCCAGAAAGCAACAGUCCGCUGCAAAAUUGGACCUUGAGAGAGUCUUUCAGGAUAGGCCAGCGGUCCAGGUGGAUAGUUACUUCCAGCACAGACUGGAGGAAGCGCAGCGGCUUCUACAGGAGCAGCAUCUCAACAACUUGCAGAAUUUUCACCAAGAAGUUGAACAGCUUACACGUGAGGACAGCCUGACAAGUUUGGACAGCCUAGAAGAACAUUUAGAGACUAUAAAAGAAGAAAAUAACUCUGUGUUUUCAUCAGACUCAUUACACAAAGCACUUGCUGAAAUCUCAGCGAAUAGGGGAUAUCAUAACACUGAUGGGGAUGUCAGUGGUUUAAACAGUCAAACAAUUGUUCGUGAGCCUUCCCACCCUGUACCUGAAGAGAUGAUUGUAGAAAAAUACUUUUCACUGGGAGAUGAAGGGAGUCUUCCCCAUAAUGGACAUCAGCAGAAAAUGGUGGACACGUUAGGAAGGAAUGGCAAAAUCCAUCUUAUAAGCACAUACAAUUCUUUAGUAACGAAUGAAGAUAUAAAUCAGGUGUCUCGAGUCUCCAUAACUGAGAACAAGUUAUCCUAUUAUGACAGAGACAAUACAACUUCUAAUGUAAUGAUAAGACCAUGCAAAGCCUGGGCCACUCCCGACUCAACUCUGGGAGAGACCAUUCAGAGUUCUUUGCCUCGUGAUAACAAAGACACACCACAACACCAUGGACUAUCAACAAAACCCGCAAUGACUCAACCCUUGGCAACCCCAGUGGUAGUUCCAUUUCCCGAAGGUUCUGCUAGUAGCAGCAAAUACAAUGUAAGCGAAGACUUAAAACCAAGUAAACACUCAGAUAAAAUCCAUUCAGUGAACUCUGUUCCUGACCCUGUGAUCUUUACACAUACAUACAAUACACUGAAAAAUAACCACAGUAAACCUCUCGAAAUUGAUAAUCGAGAGAUUCAGUUGCAUCAAAAAAAGUCUUCACCAACUCCAAGUCCCAAACCUGAAUCAGGCUUAUUAGAAAAUCCAAAGAGUCAUCAAAAUGGAACAACACUUGCUCUAGACGUUCCUGAGCUGGCGUUGUCCACUCUCUAUAGAAUAGCAAGAAUUAAUAGUGCUGGAAAAGAGGGGAAGAAGCUGUUGAAGAGCAUACUGAAGAAAGGCUCCAAGUAUGAGAAUGGGUAUGCCAGAGCGGUGGGUAUAAGUAAGAUGGUACUUAUGGGGGACAGAGGGUCCAUUGGCAUUCGGGACAGUGUUGAACUUAUAAAAGAAAAAGAACAUAAGAAAACAAAUAAUAAAAAACUUAGAUGGUUAGAUGAAAUUGAGAAAAUCAUGGAUAAUGGAGAGGCACCAGGAGAGAAUGGGACAAUGCAGGCUAUGAAUAAGUCUCCCGUUGAAUCCCAAACUCAUUGCAAAGAGAGUAACCAAGGCCAUAAAACAUCUCAGAAUGGCCAUGGAGGUCAUGCAAGCUCAGUCUUCUCUACAGGUUACCAUUUCACUAAGCAGGCAUGGAUGGUCUCUAAAGAGGAGGAAUCAAACUCUGUUGGACAUGUGCACAAAGUUAGAAGCCCCCCAAAAACCAACACUAAGGUAGUAAGACGUCCAAAGUCAGCUAGAAUCCCAUCAGUGGUGCUCCGAAAUAGAAAGGGUAUUAUAAUUCGACCACAAUCGGCAUCCGAGGCCAGUAAGACUGCAAGGUCUCAUGGAAAGAUCAUGACUCCCCGUCCUCCUCCGAGGCCUGCAUCAGACAACAACAACAGAGAACUAGUGACAAAGGCCAGGACUCCGCCGGCGAACACGAGCAUUGCUCAGGGCAAUCAUUUGAACAAUGUUGUAUCGUCCACCAACUCUUUGCUAAACAAGGACAAUGUGUCCUACCAGACCCUGCCCCAUUCUUCAGGCAAUAUGCAGACCACUCAUGUUCCUUCUGAUGCAGACAAUGCUUCAAAGGCUGCUCUGACAUUCAAUAGUGACAGGGUGUUGGCAAUCCAAGAAAACUUUGUCGCUCCCGCCAAACGGCACCCAGUUUUCAAUGAAAAAGGACUGCGAUUGGACCACACACCCACCGAGGAGGAAAUUGCUCUCUUGUGGCAAGGAGUGCGAAGUGCCUUAACUCACAAAAAUACGACUGCAGGUGAUUUCCGAGCUGGCGAUCUGCCGUCUCAUUUACAGCACACACGAUCUAACCUGUCUCAUAUCGUAAUUGACGGAGCCACUUUGAAUAAUUGGAAGUCCCUUUCGAGAAUAAAUGGAUUUUUCUCCCCUCUUAGUAACGGUUAUGUCACUCUUGCGAGACGGAAACAGAUUCUAGACAGCAAUGAGAACAAGCGCAGGGCGUUGCUGGAGCAGAGAAAGGGAAGACCUGUCUCCGCAGGCUGGAGGCCUUCACAUACUCAGAACGUGAACAUGAUGAAGGUAAAUCCUUUGCCGAGUGCUCUCGAGCCCGGGCAGGCUGUUAGUGUGACACAUUCUGGUGAAGUCUCGGAGAGCACGGCUCAGUUUAUGCUGGCAGAGAACCUGGUGGAAACAUCUGCAACAGAUGGAGAAAUUCUAGCUGCCAUGCAAGAGGCGCAGGCGAACAAGCACGCCGCCGCCAUACACAAAGCGCCGCACACCGCGCUCUCUAUAGAAGAACAGAGGCUCCUUCAGUCCCUGGAUCGCCUCAAUCAGAGGCUGCAAAAUGUUCAAGAAACAAUGGUCAAACCCUCUGCAGCUUCAAAUCAAGGAUUUCCACCAAAAUCAGCGCUGAAGGUCCAUCAGUUCCCACCACAGCCGGCAGAACACAUGACACAGGCACAAAAAUAUCGCAGUCUGUCAGCUGACCCGCGCACCCGGCUCCAGAGACGAUACUGAUAGUCCUGUACACUUUAAAGGAAGAAUUUGUCAUCAAGCGUUUUCAAGACUAGAAGGUAGACUGGUUGAAUUGGACUUGAAUUUGCUAAACUGUAUUAUUAGCUAUCCAGACUGUUACAGCUCUCAAAACCAUAGACAUUAAAGGGGUUAAAACCACUGUACAAAAUCACUGGUGAGGAACCACCGGUGAUCAGUUCAGCUGGUGAUUGGCUCUGGAUGGCUGCACAUUUCUCCUGCAGUAGCCAAUUUAGGAGAAAUGUGGUAUUACAUGGUGCCCAUUGAGCAACCAUAUACCGUUGGGUCAUGUUGGGUCGUUCAGAGGUGGAAAUGCUCUCAGUGGUUCUCAGGCCAAAAGAGAGGGUCCCACGCAGUUAUUAUAUGAAGAUUCCACUUAAAGGGUAUUCCGGCUUUAUACAUCUUAUCCCCUAUCCAAAGGAUAGGGGAUAAGAUGUAUGAUCGGCCAUGUAUAUGGGAGGGGGCGUGGCUGUGAUGUCACGUCCCCGUCUUGGAGGCAGCGCCCUGCACAGAAUGCAGGGGGCUGCACCAAGAUCGCGGGGGUCCUCAGCGGCGGGACCCCUGCGAUUAUAUAUCUUAUAAGAUGUGUAAAGCCGGAAUACCCCUUUAAAUUGCAUUCCAUUCUAAAUGUGGAGGUGGCCACCCCAUAUGGUUAUAUUCCAUUCUGCGUACUAUUACAUAAACAGAAUAAUAAAAGAUGGGAUUUGUUUGAAUACAUUAUGAAUGGUUAAACAUUGUAUAUAUUUUUUAUUCUGGCAAUGUUUAAAGAUUUAAAACAUUUUUAGUACAUUUUUUAAGACCACAUAUUAUUUGUAUGGAUUGUUUCCUGACAGGUUUGAAGUGCAGCAGGAUUGAUCCCAAAUUGUAGUCAUUUACACUGGAGCGUAACUGGAAGUCCGGUGAUGUGAUAUGAUUUUUACAUCACUAGGGGGCAGUAUAAUCCUUUUUUUUUUACUACUAUAUAAAUCUUGUAUAAAGGCCUCCGUUUUAUAUGAUAUAUUGUUUGUUUUUAUAUGUAUGUUUUAAAUGUGUGAACAGCUAUAGACUGUAAUUGAUACUGUCUUAUAUACUCUAGAUAUUUGUACCUACCAUAAUGCACUUUACUAGAUUAUUUUAUUUUUAUAUCUGAAAAUACCUCAUUUUGUUGAGUGAAUGCUAAUUAAAAUUUUCUGUUUGAUAGAAAAAUUAUUAUUUUAAUAUCCAAAAUAAAA